GGCACUUCAAUCGCUCGAAUCUCUUCUGAAAGUCCCGCUUCCUUCGUGCUUCUCUCUCUGGGCGUGUGACAGAGGCCGGAGCUCCAAUCAGCUUAAUAGCGGCACAUUCCAUCUUAAAAAUCAAUCCAGGUAACCAUUGAUUCAGCCUUUUCCGCAAUCAAAUCAAAUGUUUCGUCUAAUCUGCAUAAAGCUGCCCCAACAAUUAAGGCGCAGAGCUUCACCAAUAUGUCAUGGCUACUUGUUCUCAACUUCAUCUCUCAGACCCAUCUCAGAACUCCCUAAUAUCACAGACCCAAAAUCUCUUACUGUUUCCUUCCUCCGAAACUCGUGUGGGCUGUCCUUGGAGUUAGCUGCUUCAGCUUCCAAGAAGCUCAACAUUGAGAACAUAGAGAAUCCCAAUUUCGUUCUGGACCUGUUGAGAACUCACGGUUUGACGCAGAACCAAAUCGGACACUUAAUUAGUAGUCGUCCCUUGUUGCUUUCGGCUGAUUUAGGCAAAACCCUUAGGCCCAACAUCGAGCUGUUUAAAUCCUUAGGGUUUUCUGGCGCUAGCCUCGCCAAAAUGCUCAGCAAAGAUCCACGUGUGCUUCAGAGUGAUGCAUACACUGUGGUUGAGUUUUUUAGAGCACAUGGUUUCAGUGACGAGCAAAUAUCGACUUUGACCAUGAAGCGUCCGACAUUGUAUGUACUCAAUACACAGAAGAUCCUUAAGCCAAAGUUUGAGUUUUUUAAAUCUUUGGGCUUUUCAUACCUCGAAAUUGCAAAGCUUUUAUCCGCAGAGCCCUAUAUUUUAGAAAGGAGUCUCGAAAACCAACUCAUUCCUUGUGUUCAAGAGCUUAGGCGGAUUCUUGGCACUGACGAGAAUGUUUUAAAGGCGUUAAAGGCAUGCUUCUCGUUGAUUGAAAUUAAUGUGGAAAGGGUGUUACAGGCCAACAUAUCAAUAUUGCUAAGCCAUGGUGUUCCCAAUUCAUUAGUUGUUAAGAUCUUUUUGAUUCAACCAAGAUCGCUGCUUGUGAGGACUUAUCGAUUUAGUAAGAUUGUUAAUGAGGUUAUGAAAUUGGGUUUUGAUCCCAAUAAUCUACUAUUUGUUCUAGCCAUCCGUUCAAUGGCAGUGAUGAGUGAAGCACUGUGGGAGAAAAAGGUGGAAGCUUUAAGAAGUUUUGGUUUGUCAAAGGAUGAAAUUGAUUCAGCAUUCAAGCAGCAACCAAUGUGUAUGAUUACUUCAGAGAAGAAGAUCAUGAAAGUGAUGGGGUUCUUUGUGAACAAUCUGAAGAUGAAGCCUUCGAUGAUAUCCAAGAAUCCGAAUCUUCUACUGCUUAGCCUGGAGAAGCGGAUAAUUCCGAGGUGCUCAGUUCUGCAACUUUUGAUGUCUAAGGGGUUGAUUGAGGAAGAUACUAGCAUACUUCAUACGUUUAAAAUGACUGAGAAAACAUUCGUCGAGAAGUUAGUGGAAAAGUAUCAGAAUGAGGUUCCUGAUGUGAUUAGAGCGCACCAAGGCAAGAUAGAAUUUCAAGGGUUCCCCAUUGAUUUAAGAUUUUGACUACUUAUGAGAUCAUUGAAUACUUUGGGCCUUUCCAAAAGACCAUGAGUUCAGAUUGACUUCAUAUGUUGCCAAUAGGAAUAGAAACUAUUGAAUGUUGCCAAAAGACAGUAUAUAUAGUUUUCAAGUUGUAACAUUUUCUAAGAGAUGUAACCGAAAGAAUUUAAUGCCA